UAUGGCCAGCUUUACUCAUACGAACACAAAACAAAUUAAAAGUCCACUGUCAUGCCUCUGUAUAAACAAACCCCUCUCCCUUCUUAUAGUUUCAGCCUAUUGAUAUGUAAAAUAAGAGCAGCUCAUUAAACAGUGGACUUUUGAUUUAUUUUGAUGCUUGUACUAGUCCAGAAGUAGAAUUUUAGAUUUUUUUUCUGUUAAGUGCAGAAAAUAACAAAAGCUUAAAAUUAUUAAGCCAGCACAACUGGGCAAUUCAGCAGGGGGAAGUCCUGAGGCAAAUCUCACUUGUGUAGUCGAGGGGGUUACGUUCAUCAGCCUGCUAUGGCAGGUACUUUACUUUCACCAGUAGAAACAGAAACCUUAAUAAUUUCUGAAUCAUGAUUAAUUAGGGUGAUGACUUAGAUUAACAUCACAUUAAAAAUAUGAUGGGAGUUAGUUAAUUUAAAUCUGACAGGAAUUAAUACCUCAACAUUAAUUUUAUGCUGAAAUAGCACCCAGGAAUACUGAGGCUCGACUCCUAUUAAAUGUUAAUGAGCAUCCCUAAUGAGCAUAUCAUUUUAAUGGGCAAAGAUGUUAAAGGGAAAAUGUCAUGGCAUAAUUUCACUCUGCUUUAUAAUCCCAUUUAGUUUUUGCACCAGAUUUCUGUUCUAAAAUAUAUGGUUUUCAAAACAUUUUCUCUGUGUUUAGUUAGGUUUGAUGUAUGUCCCAAGCCAUUCCCACAGUGGAAGUGAAUACUGCAGGCUCUACUGUUUAGCCCAUGGCACAAGGAGCACUGCGUUUUUUACCCUUCAAAGAAAUGCCCUGAAGCCUUUCCUUUACUUGAAUGGAACCUGCCUGACACUAGAAGUACAAAUGCUUGUGUGGGGCUUAAAAAAGUUUUAAUUGCUGGUGAGAGUCAAAAUGUUUGGCAUGAUACCCUGAUACUGAUACCCUGAGCCAGUGCUCCUUGUUAGCAGAAAACUGGACAGGCCUGGAGUAUUUCUGAAGAAUCUUUUUCGGCCCAAUCUUUUUCCUCUUCUGUCUUGUUUUCUUUGAGUGUGGGCAGGUGCAUGUACAGUAGAGUGAAAAAGCUGGCGUUUUAAGUCCAAGUCAGUGACUAGCCCUUCCUUCUCCUUUAAAGGAGAACUACACCCCCUGCUAUAAAAGCCCCCUUAGCUGCAAAUUUUUUGUGUCAACAGUGAAAUUUGCCCAUUGUUGAAUUGUUUGCAGGGCCAAGAAGGUAGUUUUCCUAGCUUCACUUGAUGAUAUUGCUUAAAAAGGAUGUUUUUGUUGAUAUAUCUUUUAAAAAUCUUAACGUGUAUGGCCAGCAUAAGGCUUAUGUAUUAUAAUAAAUAAUGUACACUGUGUUGUAAAAUACGAGAAUAUUGAAAAGUCACCUUGGAGUUUCAUGCCCUAUAUAAAAUCACUUGGCCUUUGGCCUUAAGCUUUUAUAUGGUCAUGUAACUCCUCGUGACUUAUAAUAUCCUUACAUUUUCCAAUAGGGGGUACUUUAUUCACUAUAUCAUCACUUUUGUGAAUUCCAUCCCGAAUCUACGGUGCCGACAGCCAGGUACUAGACAGCCAGCACCAUAAUAAAUGAAUCGCAGCGAACAAUAUAUAUGUGCUCAUUCUGAAACAUUCCCAAAUCCAGGAGGAUUUAAUAUAUCUAAGGCACAAGAAAACCAUUUUACAGUGGAGGUGCCAAAAUGUUAGGCACCCCCGCAACCAAUGACAGAAAAUUGCUAAGUUUUUUCCCCAGGAGAAGUCUGCACUGGGCCAUGGAAAAACUGUCUAAGCGAUGGCGCAGAUUCACAUUCCUGCUGGCACAGUAGAUUUUAAUUGCAAAGUCCCAAGACCAAGUGCAGAGGAAUAGAAGAUCCAAUGUAAAAAUGCCACCUUUGCCUGGUGCUGAGCUGGUACAUAACCCUUUGCAACUCUACAGAUAUCUCCUCCGUUGCUGCAAGCUACUCCCUACUGAAAGCCUUCAGCACUAUUACAGACAUUCAGUGAAGCAGAGUUUUCGAGUCCAUGCAGAUGAAGAUGAUCCUGAACGGAUACAGCAGAUUAUUAAGAGGGCCAUAGAAGAUGCUGACUGGGUGCUAAAUAAAUACAAGAAAGAAAGCUGAGCUCCUGGAGUGUGCUACUGAAAGUUAUAGGACUUGGUCUUGCUGUGGCGGAGUGUUCCACUGGCAUGAAGAGAAUUGAACCAGAAGGAGAUGGCUGGCUUGUGUAACUUUUUGUGCCAUUCUUGCACCUUUUUUUAUCACAAAUAAAAGAAAAAUGGACACUGUGCAUUGACAGACCAAACAGAAAAAUAACAAAUUGUCCAUUGCUUUGUUACAUGGUCAUUCACUCAAGGCUUGUGACCGUUUUACCAUCUAUUUACGUUGCUUGUACAGCAUAAGCAUUUGCUGGUCUGUUUGUAGUUUCGAAAAACACAGCAAUGAUUAUACAGUAUUUUUAAAUAGACACACUUUGUCCUGAUGUCAUAACCUAUACCCAGUUAACUGCUUGCAUUCAGCAGCUGGGCAUAGUAAGAGAAUAUUAGAAUGUGUGUAUCCUAUCAGGAGUACAGGAUAAUGCAUGGUAAUGUAUAAAGUUUCUGAUCUACAGUCUGCUCACAACAAAGGCCAAAGCUGUAAUAGAGAGAGGAGGUAAUAAAAAUGGUAGCAUAUAAUGGAAUGAAUGUAAUUUAAUGCACAUGUAUCAAGAACAUUUAUAUUGCAGUAAGUGAAGGUAGGGCUUACAGAAUGGGGUGAUGUAGGAAGGAAUAUUAUAUAGAACACAAACCCACUUGAGAAACUUUUCUAUACAAACAGAGUUCCACUAGCAUGUUAUGAUAGAUGUAACACUACUGGUUAAAAAGUGACCACAACUUGUGCCCAGUUUGCUAAAAAAUCCAUCCAAUUCAUUUACUGCACCAACUAUAAUGUGCUGCAUUUGUAAAUGUCCUAGAAAGUUAUUCAGUGAAAUUAUUAUUACAUUGAUUUAUAAAGCACCCUCAUAUUCUGCACUGCUGUACACAAGCAACACAGACAUGCUAUUCCCAACAGCCCCCUGUCUUCUGCAUUGUAUAACAUAUUGUGAUUAAAGCCUCUGGGGGUCAUUUAUAAACACUGGACAAAUUUGCUUUUGGGCAGUUGCCCAUGGCAACCCAAUCAGAUGUUUAAUUUUAUUAUUCUACUUGCAGCUGACUCAAAAAAGCUAAUAACUGAUUGGUUACUAUGGGUAACUGCCCAGGUGCAGUUUUGCCUAGUGUUUAUAAAUAAGCUCACUGUCACUAAAGGUCGCCAUACACAGGCAGAUUUAAGCUGCCGAUUCAAGCUGCCUGAUUUUCCCAUUGCAUUGGGGACUGCAUUGGCUCAGUGAUGUGGUCCUUGGUCCGACAUCGUCUGUGCCUGGGGCCCUAGGGGACCAAACAAUUACCCCAAUAUCGCCCAUCUUACCAAACAAGCAAAUCUUACCAUGGAUGGCCCCUUUAAUACCCAGAGUUAAACAUUCAGUUAGAGCACAGGAGUACAGACUAAUUUAAAUGACCAGUAGAUGGCACUGAGAACAUAUUGUUCUGCAAAUCCUCAGUUAUUAUUAUUACAUGUUUAUAAAUGUUGUAUUAUGUGUAGAAUAUUAAAUUAUCAGCAAAG